AUGUCCAAAUAUCCUGCUAAAACUCACGCCCGUAAUACACUCUCCUACUAUCGUUCUUUGGCUGCCGCUGCCGCUGCUGCAGCUAAUGCUACCGGUACUUCUUCUUCAUCCGAAAAGCCUCUGUUUGCGCUGACAGCUCCCUCGCUCACGUUGUACCCCCACUGCGACCAGUCUCAACCCUUUCGCCAGGACCGCUACUUUAACUAUCUCACCGGUGCUCAUGAUCUUCCAGCCGCCGCUGUACUUUAUAACUCAGCUGCAGACAGGCUCACGUUGUAUCUCCCACCCAUUGAUGCCGACGACGUCAUGUGGAGUGGUCUGCCGUUAUCUCCAACCCAGGCCCAAGAAAAGUACGAUAUGGAUGUCGUCAAGUAUCACGCAGACCUAGCUGCAGAUGUGGCUUCUACCAAUGUGCUCACAAUUGACGACCGUAAUAAGUCUGUUCUUGAGAGUCUCUUGUCAUCCUCUAACGUCACUAUCUCACCAACCUUUAAGGAAGCUCUCGAGGAAGCCCGUCUGCGUAAAGAUGAGUUUGAACUUGCACUCAUGCGCAAGGCCUCUGCCAUUUCUGAUGUGUCGCACCGUGCAGUAAUGUCUGCUCUACCCAUUGAAACAAACGAAGGCCAUAUCCACGCUGAAUUUGUGUAUCACUCGAUGCGCCAGGGAUCCAAGUUUCAGUCCUACGACCCCAUCUGCUGCUCGGGUACUGACUGCGGUACGCUCCACUACGUACGCAACGACCAGGAAAUGGCCGAUAAACAGCUUGUACUAAUUGACGCCGGUGCUGAGUGGCAAUGCUACGCUUCGGACGUUACCAGAGUCUUCCCCAUCACUGGUGAGUGGACUCCAGAGGCCCUUGCUAUCUACAAGGCUGUCCUUGAUAUGCAGACCCAGAGCAUGGAGGGUGUCAAGCCUGGUGUCAAAUGGGACGACCUCCAUCUACUUUCUCAUCGCAUUCUCAUCAAGCACUUUCUUGAGCUUGGAAUCUUUAAAAACACCAAGUCUCCUGAAGAAAUCCUCGAGGCUCGCACCUCAGUCGGCUUUUUGCCUCAUGGCCUUGGCCAUUUGCUUGGAAUGGAUACUCACGAUGUGGCCGGCCACCCCAACUAUGAAGACCCAGACCCCAUGUUCCGAUACUUGCGUCUGCGCCGACCCCUCGAACCUGGGUUCGUUGUUACUGUGGAGCCUGGCAUCUACUUUAACAAGUUUCUGCUCGAGCCAUACCUUAAGGAUCCCAAGCAUCUCGAAAUUAUUAACACAGAGGUCCUGGAAAAAUACUGGGCUGUUGGUGGUGUGCGUCUUGAGGAUGACGUUCUCGUCACUGAAACCGGCUUUGAAAAUUUUACCAAAGUCACCACCGAUCCUGAAGAAGUCGCUCGUAUUGUCAAAGAAGGCAUUGCCAAGGGCCGCUCCCAUUUCCAUGUUCUUGCUUAA